AUGGUUUUUAUUGUUCUCACUGGAAAAAUGGCUCGUAUAAUAUCUGACGAUGUUAUUUCUGAAUUAUUAAAUGGUGAUGUAUCGAAUAUCGAGGAGCUUGAUGAAGGUGAGGAUAUAUAUGAAAAUUUGGAUGAGUUGCUACUAGAAUUUCCUAAUACUGUCGAAGAUAAUAAUAAUAUUGUAUAUGAGGAGAUUGAUGAAAUACAGCAGAUUAGAACUCAAGAUGUUUCAGAGAUACGACUGGAUGAAAACAAUGAUGUAGAAUCAUUUUAUGAAGAUGCAAUGAGACAGCCAAAAUGGGAAAAGGUUCUUUGGAGUAGCUCAAAUCAUAAAUGUACUGGUAAAUUACCUAAAGCACAUUAUAUUUAUUCACCAUAUGAAUACUUUAAAUUAUUUGUCGACCAAAAUAUAAUUGAAUGGAAAAACGGGACAAUCCCGUAUAAUACGGGACGUAUGGUCACCCUAAAAUAUGGCCAAGCAAAUUUUUAUUCAGUCCAAAAAACAGGAAAAUGCAUAAAUACUUCUCAUGAAGAAAUUGAACAGUUUUUGGGCAUAAUUAUGUAUAUGAGCAUAAUAAAAAUGGCACAAUAUCGUAUGUUUUGGUCCAAUGAAACUCGUUUCCCUACAGUAGCUGAUAAAAUGUCGAGAAAUAGAUUUGAUAAUUUAAGAACCUUUUUUCACGUUAAUGACAACACUCAAAUACUGCCAAGAGAACACAAAGACCAUGAUAAAUUGUUCAAAAUUCGACCAUUUUUAAAUUCUGUUCGCAAUAACACAAGGAAGAUACAUGUUGAAGAGUUUACUUCUGUUGAUGAAAUUAUUAUUCCUUUCAAGGGAAGGACUCUUAUGAAACAAUACAACAAAAACAAGCCACACAAAUGA